ACAAGUAGAUCCGAGCUGCUAGAAGUAGACGACGAGAUGGUAACGAUAGUUAGCUCAGUCUGCCUUGAAGUCAGUUAGCUCAGAUUCACUCGUCCGAACGACGCACCACUAGAGCGACGGUCGCAAGUGCAUCUGUGUAGAUGAGGUCGAGGCUGGCCGUUAGCGUUCCUUCGAAUGGACUGAUCGUCGAACAGGAAGAAGUGUUUUGCUCGCUGAUAUCAUGGCGUCCAAUCGCCAGAAAGAUUUCAAGAGGCUCUCCAGCUCAGUGGGUCAGAUGCGGAAGAGACGCGAGAGUGAUGCUUCUCAGCUUCAGAAGAGCAGACGAGGCGAAGAGCAUCUAAAGCGAAGAAACCUGCUAGCAGUGUCCACCGAGAAAGAUACGGAGCAGCAACACGAGGCAAUGGAUGUGGAAGUCCUACCAUGCCUGCAAGAUUGCGACACGCUAGUGGAGAAGCUGAUGCACGGUGACUUUGAUACUCAGCUACAAGCAGCGCAGCACUGCCGCCGGCUUGUCUCAACAAAGAAUGAUGAGGCAAUCGACAGGCUAGUCCAACUCCAAGUUUGCCCAUUGUGCGUGGCACGGCUGAGAGAACCUCCAGCAACAAGUACAGACUUCAUGCUUGAGCUGGUUUGGAUUCUGACCAACAUUGCAUCCGGCAGCUCUGACUGCACAGCUGCUGUUGUCAAUGCUGGUGCUGUACCCGUACUCAUGAGCGUUCUAAGCAUCCGCUCAGUGGACAACAGCGAAGCCAUGCUUGUUGAGCAGAGCCUCUGGGCAUUGGGCAACAUUGCUGGGGACAACAGCAACAAGCUAGCCUACAGGGAUAUGCUGCUCGAUGCUGGUGUUGUGAGUGCGGUGACCAGUGCAAUGUUGACCUAUAGCGGGAGAGUGUCAGUGAUCCGUAAUGCAGCGUGGCUCCUGUCAAACCUAUGCAGGGCGUGCAUGUUCCUGCUGGAGUUGAUGCCUAUUAGGCCGCUCAUACCUGUCUUGCUGGAGUGCAUGCUAUGCGAUGAUGACGAGGUGGUCAGCAAGGCCAACCAUGCCAUUGGCUACCUAGCUACGACCAAAUCCGCACCAAUAAGAGAAGAGCUGCUGCAAAGCGGAGUGGCCGGUCCACUGAUAAACUGUCUUUCGCAUGGAAAAGUCGGAGUUGUCUCCCAAGCACUGCGAUCGCUUGGCAGUCUACUGUGCUGCGACAAUGAUCAGUCCCAGGUGAUAAUCGAUGCCGGCAUAUUGCCAGGUCUGCGUCCUCUUCUGUCCUGCGACUAUCAUGCAAUCUGCAAGGAUGCUGUGCGGGCAGUAUCCAACAUUGUGGCCGGCACCAGCCAGCAGAUACAGUGCGCUGUCGAUGCGAAAGUAUUCCCCAAGGUGGUGCGGCUCCUUCGUCACACUCGCAGAGAAGUUGUCACCGAAGCCCUGUGGUCAGUCGACAACGUGCUAGUUGGUGGCACGCAGGAGCAAGCCAACUAUGUGGCAGACCUUGAUUGCCACUCGGGACUUGCUACCAUUCUGAAGUUUCCGGACUCAGAUCUAGUGUGUCUAGCUUUGAACGUCCUGGGGAACCUUCUCAAACUGGACAAACGUCGGAAAGAGGCAGGAAAGGUGGCAGCCGCUUUCGAAGAAUGCAAUGGAGUGGAGAACCUGUGGAAACUCGUCAACAGCGAGAACGAUAAGAUUUCAGAAAUGGCUGAUGGUCUUCUUACCAAGUACUUCACAGACACAUAGGGACAUGCAACAUCACUCUCUCUGUGUCUCUGUCUCUCUGUCGGUCUGUCUGUCUGUCUGUCUCUCACACUGUACACGAAUUGCAAGUGAAGGAGAGAAACGUGGAAAUGCAAACUACAAGCCAUCAAAUUCACCAGAACUGAAGCGAUUGAUUAUACUUCAAGUAAUAGUCUUGAUUUGUAGGAAACUUGGGCACUGCCGAUGUGGGAGGUACUAUUUUCGUAUAUUUUUGACCCCCUCCCCUACCCCAACUUUGUUACUGCAGACAUAUUCUGAUUUCAUACCAAAUUAACUAACCGCCCAUCUAACAGAUGAAUUUCAAGUGGUUAUAUACUUUCAGCUUUAUGACCGGAACUUCUGCACAGCAGGCCAUGAAAUACCAGUUCUCACUAGCCCAGUACUCGUUGCAAGUACAGUAUGUGUAUAAACAAAAUUGAAUUUGGAAAUUUUAUUUUUGGAAGAUACGUUGAAGUAUAUUACUUAG